AUGGCUGAAUAAGAAAAGAAUUUAGAUCCUCCAGAUUAUCAACCAGACCAAGAUCAAUAACCUUUAAAACAAUACAUAGAUAAUAAUCAAAAUUUAGAUUAGGAAGGACAAUAAUAAACAUAAAAAUACAGUGAAACUAAUCCUAUGGGUAGUGUGUUAAAUCAAGUUUAUUUCGAAGAAGAUCCUAAACUGAUGAGAAGAGAUGUCAAGAAAAAAAAAAAGAAACAAUAAAAGGAAUAAAAAUUGAUUUCAGCAAGAAGACUAAAAAGAUUGUUGCGUAAGAAACCAGUUGAUAAAGUGAGAUUGGCUUAUUAAGCUUAUUUUUUUAUAGUUAGUUUAGCUGUAUUAGCAUUAAGUAUUUUAUCUUACAGAGAUCAAACAGUAUAUGAAGGCGAUUAUUAAUAAUUUUUAGAUAACAUGGGUUCAUAUGUUAUAGAUGAUAUUCAAUUUACUUAUACAAAUAAAAAUUGUAAGAGUUAAUUUGGAGAUGAAGUAUAUAUCAAUUGAAAAAUAUAGUAUUCCUCAUUAUAUGAAUAUUAUUGGCCUGGAACUAUGAUUGGAUGUGAUUGUAGCGAAGGAUUUAAUUUUAAUUUGUUAUAGGAUUAAAAUAUACGAAAUAUAGAUGAUUUCUUUAAAUAAUCAUUUAUGCUUGGUAGAGUUUGUAGUUAGGAAAUGACGACAAGAAAUUGUAACACAGUAGAUGAAUAAUAACCAAAAGUUUUUAAUUCUUGGAAUGAUGGUUCUUAUGGAAGACGUAAGUGAAAUCUUGUAUUUUAGCCUUUGUUUUAUGUGCUAGAAGAAACACUGGAAUAAGUAUAUAAACUAAUUAAAGUUAUUGUGAAUCAGAAAAUAAAACUAUCUGUGGUACAGGAGAUAAUAAAUUUUGUGUUCCAUCUGAUAUGAGUUGUCCAAUCUCUGAUAUAGGGUUUACUACUAAUCCUAAUUUCUAAAACUUAAGAAAAUUAAAUGAUACUAAAAUUGGAUAUAUUUAUGAUUUGGGGAAAGGGUUUUAUUUUUAUUACUUAAAAAACACAUCAAAUUUACCUCUUGUUGAAUUUAGAGUUACAGAAAGUGAUAAAGUUUGUAGAAGAAAUUAAAAUUAAAAUAUCUCUCCAAACAGAAUUGAUUAUCCUCUCAUGACAGAUAGAAGAAAAUAAUGUGAAAAUACAGAUCCAUUAUUUAAAUUAAUUCAUUCUAUUGAUGAAGAAUAAUACUAUUUAUCCAACAAUGUCAUUUAUUUAUAAGAUAAAUUACCAUAUUUUAACAUAGAUACUAAAUAUAAUUGGACAAUGCAUUCUAAGACUUAUAUUCCUUGGGCUCCAUAAUGCAGAGGAUAAUUAUUCGAUGAUGUAAUUCAUGAGGGAGGCACAUUAUUUUUUGUAUAUAUAUCCUUAAGAGUUUAAUUGGGAGUUACUAUAACAUAUUUUAUUGUUAUUGGUCUUAUAUUUAAUAUAGUUGGAACAAUGACUGCUUGUAAUUUUGCUUGGUCUUGUAUGGCAAGUAAUAACAAUUUCAUAUUAUUUAGCUCGUCCUGAAUCUUAAUAUAAUUAUAUAUUUUUUAUUGAAAUAGGCUUUAAGAUGGUUUUGUAAAUAGCUGAAAUCAUUGUUAUAUGUGUUUCAUUUGCUAUUAUUGAUAGUAAAAGACUUGUAAUUAAAGAUGUCAAUGAUAAUUAAUGUGUUUCAGAUCCAGUAAGUGAUUACUUCUUCACAAAUCUAGAAAAUGAUUUAACUAAAUUUGCUUGGUCAUAUAAUCUAGCUAAUUUAGUCAUCUUUGCAGUUACAUUAAUUUUAGAUUUAAUAAUAAUAAAACACUCCUUAAAUCAAGGACAUCAUCAUGGAGCAAAAAAACAUCAUGAAAAGGGAGAACAUUAAGAAUUAGAUAUAGGAUCAAACGGAGAAUCCAUAAAUUAGUAGGAUGUUAAAAGCGAUCAAAAGUUAUAAGCUAAAAGUGAUAUGUUAUAGUCUCCAUAAUGA